AUGCCACAGAGCGCUCGGCGCCUGCUGGUGCGUCGCGACGCGUGGUGCGAUGCGGUGGCGCUGACUCUGCCAGAUGCGGCGGUGGCGCCGCCGGUAAAUCCAAUCAGCGCCGCCCCCGCCGCCCCCGCCGCCCCCACCGCCGCCGCCAAUUACACCUGUGAUGCACGGCGACGUGUGCGGCAGGUAGACAUGUGCAUCCACUUGGACUGGUAUCAGUGCUUGCAACUCCUGAUGGUGGAUGGCUGUGCAGCCUCCAACAGUGGAUACUCUCCAGUGAGCUGUGCAACAUCUCAUAUGCGCAGUCUCACGGCAGUACUGCUGGCUGCCAUGACGGUGACGCAGGCCAUGGAUACUCCGCGGGCGCCUGGCGCUUCCCACGAGAGGAAAUCCAUCAAGCAGUUAAACUCCAUCGACGGCGCCCUCCCCGCUCACCGACCAACUUCCUGCUCGCCGCCGGAAUCACCCCGGGGAAUUUCCCGCAGCCGGGGGCCGGGGUGUGAGGCGGCGGUCGGCCGGGCGCAGUUCGCAGCCGCCGCAGCAGGCCUAGGUGCCUCGCCGCAGUUCGCAGCCGCCGCAGCAGGCCUAGGUGCCUCGCCGCAGUUCGCAGCCGCCGCAGCAGGCCUAGGUGCCUCGCCGCAGUUCGCAGCCGCCGCAGCAGGCCUAGGUGCCUCGCCGCAGUUCGCAGCCGCCGCAGCAGGCCUAGGUGCCUCGCCGCAGUUCGCAGCCGCCGCAGCAGGCCUAGGUGCCUCGCCGCAGUUCGCCGCCGCCGCAGCAGGCCUAGGUGCCUCGCCGCAGUUCGCAGCCGCCGCAGCAGGCCUAGGUGCCUCGCCGCAGUUCGCAGCCGCCGCAGCAGGCCUAGGUGCCUCGCCGCAGUUCGCAGCCGCCGCAGCAGGCCUAGGUGCCUCGCCGCAGUUCGCAGCCGCCGCAGCAGGCCUAGGUGCCUCGCCGCAGUUCGCAGCCGCCGCAGCAGGCCUAGGUGCCUCGCCUCAGUUCGCAGCCGCCGCAGCAGGCCUAGGUGCCUCGCCGCAGUUCGCCGCCGCCGCAGCAGGCCUAGGUGCCUCGCCGCAGUUCGCAGCCGCCGCAGCAGGCCUAGGUGCCUCGCCGCAGUUCGCAGCCGCCGCAGCAGGCCUAGGUGCCUCGCCGCAGUUCGCCGCCCCCAGCAGUGUGCGCGAAUGUCGUGCCGGUUGCGGUCUUCUCGUGGGUCGGCGCACGCUGGUCGUCGCGCGUGGUGCAUACCCGUCAGGGGCGGCGUCCGGCCCGCUCCGUCUCGCUGGUAGCAGACUGACAGGAGAUUUCCCACGAGCGCCACUUGGCCCCGCCCCGCGCCCCGCGACCUCGCCUCCCCGACUGCUGCUGCUGCCGCCGAUGCUGUGCAUACUUAAUGAUCCCGCUCACCGCAGCCAGGCUGCUAUAGGGAAAAAUAUUCUUGCUGCAGCUUUGGCCUCUGAUGAUGUGCAAAUGAGUUGUGUUCAAGUUGCUGCGAAGAAAAUUGCUAUAGUGCCAGCUCUGCCCAACCUGUUGUCGGCCCGCGGUGUUGCUGGCGGCCCAGUUCCAGGACGAGCCGGUUGCGAGAUUGACCUCACUUCCGCCAGCAUUCUUCCGGAUCCUGUUCCGCAGCAGCGGAAUGCACGUUCCUUGGUGCGGCGGACGAUGUGA